AUGGCUCGUGUCGUUCGUGAUACCCGUCCUAUCGUUAUCUCUGGUCCGUCAGGAGUCGGCAAGGGGACCCUCUAUGGCCUGCUCUUUCAGCGCCACCCCGACACCUUCACUCUUUCCGUUUCCCACACCACAAGGCCACCGCGUCCCGGGGAGCAAGAUGGCGUUCACUAUCACUUUGUGACCAGGGAGGCCUUCUUGGAACUCAAAGCUAAAGACGGCUUUGUUGAGAGUGCCCAGUUUGGAGAUAACCUCUACGGAACUUCGAAGGCUACCAUCGAGGAACAAAUGGCCAAGGGCAAGACUGUGAUCCUGGAUAUUGAGAUUGAGGGUGUUAAGCAGAUCAAGGCUUCCGGCUUCCCUGCUCGGUUCGUUUUCAUUGCUCCUCCUUCUGAAGAGGAGCUGGAACGCCGCCUGCGCGGUCGCGGAACCGAAAAGGAAGAGGCCAUCCAAAAACGCCUGCGCCAAGCUAAAGUUGAGCUUGAGUACUCUAAGGUCCCUGGUAUGCACGACAAGAUUAUCGUCAAUGAUGAUUUGGAAAAGGCGUAUAAGGAACUUGAGGAUUUCGUUUUUGCAGAGCCACUGACGAACCUUUAA